GGUAAAGUUGAUAAGGCAAAAAUGGUCACAGGAUCUGUGGCGGGGUUUUUCCUUUUGAAAACAAUUCACUCACCUACUCACUCACUCACUCACUCAAUCCUUCGUAAUGGAACGAAACUGCAUCACUAUCAUCUAAUCCCAAGGAAGUAAUGAAGCCCACGUUCCUACUCACAACCAACCGCCCCCCUAACUGCUACUCUUCCCUAGACCCUUCUGCCCCUUCUCCCUUCUCCCUCCCUCCUCUUGGCAAACUUCUCCUCUCCAGUCUCCUCUCCUCUCUUCCAUCGAGACAUCUCCCGAGUCCCAAGUUUCUGCUGAGAUGAAGUGGGGUCGAAGACAGAAGCCUAACAACCCUUCAGCCGCCCCACCCCGGCGUUCUCUCCUCGCGUCAUGGCUUCUCCGCUUCAAGAAGAUGGGUAUAGGCAGCAGCAAGAAUGGCAGUGGAACUGGCGAUUUUGUAGACACUAAACCCAGGAAAGUGAACCCGAGCGGAGGAUGGAAUCGGAGUUCUGAACGGUUCUCGGGCAGUGCAGGGGCCGAGUUUUACCGUGGUCAUGGGGCGUUUUGGAGGCUGUCGUUCAGGAAAGAGAAAGUCGAUGGUGGGCUCGGGGAAUUAUUAGGGGACACAGUCGAUGAACAGGGAGAGGUGAAGAACUUCGACCAGAUGGUUUCAGGAGUUCGGAAGAUACGGGGGGAGGUGCAGAGAACGGAAGGGAGCUUGAUGGAGUUGAAGACGCCAAGGAGGAGAAAACUCACGAGACAAAGGUCAAGAAGCAGAGGUAAGGUAGGAGCGGAGAAUUCGGGUUCUAGCCCGGUCGAGAGUCAGGACUGCGACUCUUCUGUUGCAGGUUUCAAAGAAAUCGAUGAGCUAGCUCCAGAGCUGGUUUCAGAUGAGGAACCAUCUGCAGAACUUAGAAGUGAAGAUCUGAAGAGUCGGAGACAGAGGAAGUCUCUGCAUGUAAGCGGGGGAUCACCGACGAGGAGAGCAAGACAGAGUUGCAGGGUCAGGAUUCACUCUCUGCGAUCCAGGUCGGGAACAGAGAUGAGGGGAGGUGAACAAACGAAGAGAGCGAAACUGAAGAGUAAGAAGAAGAGUAAGGAGAAGGGGAUUGCAUUCGAGAGGUUUGCUAUGGUGAAGUGCUCAUUCGAUCCCCAGAGGGAUUUCCGGGACUCGAUGAUCGAGAUGAUCUUGGAAAUCAAAAUCAGGAAAACUGAAGAGCUCGAGGAGCUGCUUGCUUGCUAUCUGAGCCUGAAUACCGACGAGUACCACGAUCUCAUCAUUGAGGUUUUCCGCCAGAUUUGGUUUGAGUUGAGCCAAGCCUCUUGCUGUGAAUAUGAUCCUUCCGAGUUACCAACAGAAGAAGACUGGUAAAUAGAGUUAUUAAAGUCAUCGUUAUUUUACCCGAUCACUAAUUAUUCGGUUUCUAGAGCUCGAAAUCCGCUGUAUUUAUUCACUUUAGAAACUCAUUAGGUCAUGCCACAAACUGGCAGUAACAAUUUCCUGUUUUCUUAUUAGUAUUCUGAUUUCUGAAAUGAACGCAGCAGGGUAAUAUCAGUUUAAUAUUAA